AUGCCUUCCACCAGCGCGACCGCAGACUCGUCUGCGCAAUUUUGGAAGAAAGCCACGGCAGAAAUGGAAAUCAGUCGUCUUUCCCAUCUCACCCGCUCCUACGAGGGACAAGCACAAUGGAGGAGCUAUCCUGUCAACCCCAGCAUCGAGCUGCAGACGCUGAGCGCGUUUUGCGAGGCGCACCGGACCUCGCUCCUGGUGAUCCUCCAGACCGCGUGGGCCGCAGUUCUGGGUCGGUUCCUUGCGACAGACACUGCGACUUUCGCCAGCAGCCUGGAAAAUGGCGAUGAGGCGAAGCACGGUGUUUGCGGUGCGAUCUGGUCGCGGGGCGCUACCACGCUGCAUGAGCUGUUAGAACAGCUUCAGCGGGGGUACGAGGCGUCGUUUGCGCACCAGGAUAUACCGUUAGGGGAGCUGGAACAGCUGUUGAAUGUGGUUCCUGAUACUGGGGUAAGGGUGAAGCACAUUAGCUGGCCCGGCGCGUCUCCGUAUCAAUCGGGGGGAAGCGACAAGCGGGUGAUUGAAUUGGUCGCACAAGUCAGCCCAAUCUCAGUGCGCAUUUCCGUGGAGUACAACGCUUCUGCUCUGUCGUCGGUCUAUGCGCAAAGCAUUGCAGGCUCGCUGGAGAGGAGUCUGCAGGCGGUUGUAACCCGUGGCUUGACCCCCGUCUCCCAGACCGACCUGUGCAGUAAACAAGAUCGGGAGGCAAUCUUCAACUGGAAUGUAUACGUGCCAGUCUCAAUUAACGAAUGUGUGCACACGCGCAUUGAGCGCAAGGCCCUCGAACAGCCCCAAGCACUCGCAGUCGCGGGCUUUGGAGGCGAUAUAACCUACCAGCAACUCGACUCGCAGGCCGACCAUCUGGCUGCAUACCUUCAGGAACUGGGAGUUGGCGCCAACUCGUACGUCGCACUCUGCUUUGAGAAAUCGACGCUGCCGAUUGUGGCCAUGUUGGCGGUCUUUAAAGCUGGCGGUGCCUACGUCGCUCUCAACCCGGCCCAUCCUGUCAACCGCCAGGCAGUCAUUCUCAGCAAGAUCGAUGCGACAGUCGUAUUAGCCGGGCCUGGCUACGCCGAGACCUUUUCUCCUCUUGUCAAACACUCCGUCGAGGUCACGCAAGACUUGGUGGACCUGCUUGCUGCUGAGCGCCGCGCAACACACCUCGUCCGGGCUGCACGUCCUGGAACCCCAGCCGUUGUCGUCUUCACUUCAGGAAGUACUGGCGAGCCGAAGGGAAUUGUGGUGGAGCAUCGCGCAUUGGUCUCAAGUAUGAUCGGCCACGGAGCGAUCAUGCGUCUGGACGGCUCCACUAGGGCUCUCCAGUUUGCGACCUAUACGUUCGAUCUCAGCGUCGGAGAAAUAUUCAACACUCUGAUGAAUGGCGGGUGCGUCUGUGUGCCUUCAGAAGAAGAACGACUAGACGACCUGGAGGGCUUCAUCCGCCGUCUAGAAGUAAACUGGGCCCUGCUGACCCCUACUGUGCUGAACAUGCUGGCCCCGGCAAACGUCCCCUCAAUGAAGACCAUCUCCACCGGAGGUGAACCCAUGAAACAUGAUAUUAUUCAAGCCUGGGCGGACCACGUCCAGUUAAACAACAUGUACGGCCCCGCAGAAACUACGAUCCUCUGCGCUGGUCGUGCCACAUUGAGCCCUACCACUCCUGCCUCUAAUAUUGGCCGUGCUCUUGGAGCACGUCAAUGGAUCACAGAUCCAAUGGACCCCAAUCAACUAUGUCCAAUUGGAGCAAUCGGAGAAGUCCUGAUUGAAGGACCCGGUUUGGCGCGCGGGUAUCUCCACGAUGAAGAGAGAACCAAUGCGUCCUUUAUAGGAAACCCUGACUGGUUACCCAAGGCUAGCCCUGCGCGUCGCUUCUACUGUUCCGCUGACCUGGGAUUUCUCAGUCCAGACGGAACCUUCAAUAUCGUCGGCCGGAAAGAUACUCAAGUCAAGGUCAACGGCCAACGUAUCGAGCUGGAAGAAAUUGAAUUCCAUAUCAAGAGACUCCUCAGUUCUGGCUGGCAGGCAGUGUUAGCUGAAGUCAUCAAGCCCAAGAGGAACAACGAGCAGUCAACCCUGGCCGCAUUCAUUAGAUUUGAAGAUGGCGAAGCUUCUGGAACUGAGCUGCUAGGGGACAUGUCCGAAGAGCGACGACAGCAGCUCCACCAGCUCAAGAAGGAUCUCGGUCUACAUCUCCCGGCGUACAUGAUCCCUUCGGUGUUUGUACCCAUGGCGCAUAUACCCACAACUGCACAUGGUAAGCUGGAUCGACGACAACUUCGAGAUUUAGCUGCAGGUUUCUCCACCGAGGACCUUGUCUUGUUUUCUCUCGCCAUCAGCACCGAUACGGCCAAGCGCGAGCCUGUCACAGAAGCUGAAAAGGCUGCGGCAAGUCUCUGGUCUCAGGUGCUCAAGAUCCCAUAUGAGACUAUCGGGUUAGACGACAACUUCUUCCAGUUGGGAGGCGAUUCGAUCGCAGCCAUGAAGCUCUCCGCCACCGCGCGGUCUGCAGGGAGAAGCCUAACCGUGGCGAAAAUCUUCGGCCAUCCCACUCUUGAAGCCAUGUCCCAAAUCGCUGUGGGACUCUCACAUACCGAGACUGAAUCAAUUGAGCCAUUCUCGCUCAUUGACGUAGAAAAUGUCUUUGAAUUCAUCGACGAACUUUGCUUGAAAUGGGGGCUGGAGCGUUCAAGCAUUGAGAAUGUGUACCCUGCAACCGCCUUGCAAGAAGGUCUAAUGGCAAUCACCCAGGGAGAGCCUGGUACCUACAUCUAUCAGAAUGUCUACCAGCUGCCAGCGGAGAUUGAUCUGGCCAAGUUCUGUGCGGCUUGGGAGUCUGUCGUCAAUACCACUGAGAUCCUGCGCACCACUCUUCUUCCCACCGAUACCGCGGGGACAUAUCAGGUUGUGACCAAGCCUUCUUCUAUCGACUGGAAAUACCCAGCCAGCGUGGAAGAGUACUUACAAGCAGAUGCCCAGCGGACAAUGCUGUAUGGAGAGCCACUGGCCAGGUACGCUCUCGUCCCGGGCACCCUAGACGGUCCACCGUCGACGUUUAUCUGGACUGCUCAUCAUGCCUUGUAUGAUGGUUGGUCUCUGCCGCUUCUGUGGAAACGAGUGGAGGAGGCGUACAGGGGCAGUGGACGCUUACUACGACCGCAUGUUGCACCUUUCAACCGAUUUAUUGCCCAUCUUCGAGACAUGGAUGCUGGCGCCGCGAAUGCCUUCUGGAAAUCCUACCUAUCCUCAUCCAACCCCCCAAAGUUCCCGCAAUUGCCAUCUCAAACAUACAAACCCCGCGUCAACAACAUCCAUCGCCAUGGGUUCGGCCUCAAGGCUACCAGCUACUCGUCCGGUGUCACAGCGUCCACUCUCAUUCGUGCCGCCUGGUCCCUUCUCAUGAGCCAAUAUACAGAUGCUGGCGACGACAUCAUCAUCGGCGUGACAGUGGCCGGAAGAAAUGUCGAUCUUCCAGGCGCCUCCGAAAUGGCUGCGCCGAUGAUUACCACGGUCCCUGUCCGCGUGCAGAUCGACCGUGACGAAACGGUGACUCAACUUUUGACCAGAGUUCAGACACAAACCGUCGAUAUGAUGCCCUUCGAGCACGCAGGGUUGCAGAACAUAGCCAAGAUUAACCGCGAGUGCCGUCUUGCGUGCGGAUUUCAGAGUCUGCUUGUUGUCCAGCCCGAGGAGGACGAAAGAACCACCGGCUCCCUGGAUAUCAGGAAGAUUCAGUCGCCCGAUGUGGGGAUCUACACCUACGCGCUGGUCAUUCAGUGCUUGCUGCAGGGAGAUAAGGUCGGAGUGCAAGUUGACUUUGAUGACCAAGUCCUGUUCUCGUGGCAGGUGGAGCGUAUCUCCUGCCAGCUCGAGCAUCUCUUGGGAGAGCUCCGAGCCAGUCCCAACGUCAGGAUCGGCGACCUGAGCCUCGUGAGUCUGGAAGACUAUACCCAGAUUAUGAAUUGGAACCACAAGCUUCCCGUCGUGGAGGAACGCUGCGUGCAUGAGAUCAUCCGUGAUCAAGUUUUAGCCACGCCCGAUGCACAGGCGAUCUGCUCCUGGGACGGAGAUUUUACCUACGCGGAGGUGGACCGGCUAUCAAACCGUUUUGCUCGACAUCUGGUGAAUCUGGGUGUUGGUCCAGAGACAUUGGUCCCGCACUGCUUCAGUAAAUCCGCCUGGACGGUCAUUGCUAUGCUGGCCAUUAUCAAGGCCGGUGGUGCUUGCGUGGCCCUAGAUCCUGGACACCCCGUAGAUCGACUGCAGGCUAUCAUUGCAGACGCGCAGGCUGGUUUGGUGGUGACUACACCAGAGCAUAGUCAUCUUUUUAACGGACUCGUCAGCAAGGUCGUGGCUCUUAGUCCACAGUUCUUCGGGUCGGAUGGAUCGUCCGCUGAGACUCUACCACCACGCGCAGGACGCAAGAACCCUGUCUUUGUCUUGUUUACCUCUGGAAGCACAGGAAAGCCAAAAGGUAUAAUCAUCGAGCACGGCAUGUUCGCCACCAGUGCUGCCGCUCACAGCAGGGCGUUCGGCAUCACUGCUCAAUCGCGAGUCUUCCAGUUCGCUGCGCACACCUUCGACGUCAGUGUCGGUGACAUUUUCACCUCGCUGAUGAAGGGAGCUUGUAUCUGUAUUCCGUCUGACCUCGAGCGCAUGAAUAACGUCGCCUCAGCCAUUAACCGGAUGCAGGCCAAUUACGCCUUCCUGACGCCGACAGUGGCCAACUUGCUUCGUCCAGAGCAGGUUCCCACCCUUCGCACACUAACACUUGGUGGCGAGGCUCCGACUAGAGAGAAUAUUCGGACUUGGGCAGAUAGUCUGAACUUGAUCCUUUGCUACGGACCUGCCGAGUGCUCGGUUUACUGCUCGGCGAACCCGCCAGCAACGCAGCAAAGCAACCCAGCUGUUCUUGGACACGCCAUUGGUGGUCUUAUCUGGCUGGUUGACCCAAUAAAUCAUGAUAAGUUGACUCCUGUCGGCUGCGUGGGCGAAUUAGUUGUUCAAGGAGCGAUAGUUGCCCGCGGGUACUUGAAUGAACGUGAGAAGACCCAGUCGGCCUUCAUCCAGGAUCCGGCCUGGAUGCCUCGGACAUUCCCCAAGGAGUACCGCCGUAUUUACAAGACCGGGGACCUUGCGCGCUUUAACCCGGAUGGGUCUCUAAGCUUCGUUGCGAGGAAAGACACCCAGGCCAAGGUCCGAGGACAGCGCGUGGAAUUGGCGGAAAUUGAAGUCCACCUUUCUGAAAGUCCAGAGAUUCAGCAUUCCAUGGUAGCUGUCCCGACUACGGGUCCUUAUAAGAGCAGACUUGUCUGCAUCCUGUCCUUGCAAGAACUUGCUCGACGCAGCGAUGGCGGUUCCCGGGAUAGUAGCGGUGUUGCAUUGAUUGAAGGAAGCAGCGACAGAUCUCGCGCUGCUCGGAUGGCUUCCGUGAUAGAAAGCCGACUUGCAGAGAAGCUUCCCCCCUAUAUGGUACCGGCUGUGUGGAUUCCCCUGAAGAGGAUGCCGCUGAACUUGUCGGGGAAGAUUGAUCGGAAGCUGCUCAAGGGGUGGCUCGAGGACGUGGAUGAAGCCACGUACCAGUCUAUUGCAGCGAUGGCGACAGCAGAGGAAAUCAAUUCCCAGCAGCCUAGCUCAGAUACAGAGAAGAAGGUGCAGGCCGCUUUCAGCGCAACUCUCAACAUCCCUCUAGAAUCCGUGGGCCUGAACACUUCGUUUCUCAGUGUUGGUGGUGAUUCCAUCUCAGCCAUGCAGGUCAUGUCUCGCAUUCGCUCGCAGAAUCUUCGCAUCACCGUGCAGGACAUUCUGAAGCUCCGCACGGUGGCUGCUGUUGCGGGUCGAGCCCAAUACAUCGAGCAGUCCACGGCAGAUAGCUCGGCGCUGGAAUCUGAAGUCAUCGAUGAAUGGUUUGAGCUUGCUCCCAUCCAACAGCUGUUCUUCAAAAUGCAGCCGAAUGGGCAAAAUCAUUUCAAUCAGAGCUUUGUGUUGAAGCUAACGCAGGAUGUUCAACAAACGGAGCUUCAAAGGGCACUUGAAAUAGUUGUGCAGCGUCACUCUAUGCUUAGAGCCCGGUUCGAACAGGCAGAUGGGUCCUGGAGUCAAAAAAUCACAAACGAUGUCUCUGGCUCUGUUUUCAUGUUCCCUAGAGAAGAGGGUAGUCGGGAUAGAAUGAUGGCCCGGUUCCGUGAGGCAGAGACUUUACUCGAUAUCAACAGGGGGCCACUGUUGACGGCUCAAAUUUGGAUUGCUCCUGAAAGCCAGUAUCUAUUCUUGGCCGCUCAUCAUCUGGUCAUUGAUCUCGUAUCGUGGCGAAUCAUCCUGCAGGAUUUGGAGGAUGUGCUUAGAACUGGCCGUGUCAGCUCAACGCCCACGAUUUCCUUUCAGAGUUGGGCAAGACUGCAACGCGAAUAUAUUUCCCAGCACUUUUCAGAUCCAGACACCUGGGAGCUCCAGGCACCCGCAGGAGAUCUGUCCUACUGGAACAUGCAGGGAGAAGCCAACACCUGGGGAGAAAUUGUCACCAAAUCCUUCACCAUCGACGCUCAGAGGACCGCGCUGCUGCUCGGUGACUGCAAUCUUCCGCUGCGCACAGAGCCGACUGAUAUCAUGGUAGCUGCACUACUGCAUUCCUUCCGUCACGCAUUCUCUGACCGAACCGCCCCUGCCGUCUACCUAGAAGGACAUGGCCGUGAACCGUGGACAUCGGCCAUUGACAUCUCACGCACCGUGGGUUGGUUCACGACCAUGAACCCCGUCAGCUACGACACUUCCGAAGACAGCUGGCUUGACGCUGUCAGAAGGCUGAAGGACAACCGCCGAAAGAUUGCCGACAAUGGGUGGCGGUACUUUACCGCGCGAUCUCUUCUAACCGGCGGGAUGCAGGAUAUGGAGAUUGUUUUCAAUUACCUCGGUCUUUACCAGCAACUGCAGAGAGCCGACGCUUUGUUUCAAGAGUCUUCCAUCACUGGAACUGACUGUGUUGAGAUCGGCCCUCAAAUGCAGCGUUAUUCUCUGUUUGAGAUCGCCGCUGGGGUCUCCAACGGGCAGAUGCAGUUCAGUUUUGAGUAUAACAAGAAAAUGAGCCAUCGCGAUACAAUCAGAUCUUGGAUCAAUCUUUAUCACCAAGUCCUCGAGACCGGUAUCGACGAACUCAUGGCGCAGUCCGAAUUAAUACCCACUCUCAGCGAUUUCCCCCUUCUGGCGUUGUCGUAUGAGGACUUGGGGAACCUGGCCACCUCCGUCCUGCCCGAAGCUGGAGUCAAGUCAAUCGACGAGAUCGAGAGCCUCUCUCCUUGCUCGCCUAUGCAACUGGGUUUGUUAAUGAGUCAAUUGAAAUCCGAGGGUGCCUACGAGUUCUUCACUAUCAUGGAGGCCACUGCGCGCGAGGGAGUCGAUAGUGCGCAGUUGGUUGCAGCCUGGCAACAGGUUAUUGACCGGCACCCCAUACUGCGAACCGUCUUCAUCAAAAGUGCUGUCCCAGAACGGCCUUAUGACCAGCUCGUGCUGAAGGAGAUAAAGGCGCAGGUUGUGGAGCUGCGUAGCGACGACCCUGUCCAUGCUUUACGCACGUUACCUCCCACAUCAAAGCUCCAUCAAUUGGCAAUCUGCCACUCCGAGAACGGCCGGAUCUUUUGCAAGUUGGAAAUCAACCAUGCUUUGAUUGAUGGGACAUCCAUGGCUAUCAUCGAGCGGGACCUGAAGCGCGCUUACAGCGAGAAGCUUAGCAGCGAGCCUCCUCUUGCGUACGUCGACUACGUGACCUUCCUCCAGGAGGCCAAGAGGGCCGAAUCCAUCGAGUUCUGGAACACUUAUCUCCAAGACGCUCAGCCUUGUCAAUUUCCCGUUCUCAAUGAUGGCCGAGAACAAGUCCAGGCUCUAGACUCGAUCAAUGUGGAACUGCCCGGCUUGACAAAAGAGACCCUGAGCGCCUUUUCGGAACGCUGGGGAUUUACCAUCGCCAAUGUUGUCCAGACCGCGUGGGCCCUGGUACUGCGCUCUUAUAUUGGAGCAGACUCUGUCUGCUACGGGUAUCUGACCUCUGGCCGUGAUGCUCCUCUGGACGGCAUCGAGGACACCGUGGGUCCGUUCAUCAACAUGCUUGUCUGUCGCUUGAAGUUCGAUCCUCAUGAGCCUGCUUUACUUGCUCUAAAGAACACUCAGGACGGGUUCUUGAAGGCCAUGGCCCACCAAUACGUGCCUUUGGCGGAGAUGCAGCAUGCCUUGGGCGUUGCAGCACAGGGAUUGUUCAAUACAGCCAUGUCGUUCCAGAGGUAUUCGUCAGAGGAAUCGAUAGAUCUAAAUUUGAGGAGGGUCUACGAUUAUGAUCCUACUGAGUUCAAUAUCACCGUCAACGUCGCCACGCGAGAGGAAGGAUUGCAAAUUGAUCUCGCCUACUGGACCUCCAAACUAUCGAGCGGCCAAGCGGCCCAUAUGGCUAAUACCUACAGUACUGCCAUCAUGGCACUUCUUUCGAACCCCGAGACUGCCCUAGCCGAUGUAGACAUGCUCAGUCCACUGGAUAAAGCAUCUUUACGCGACUGGAACAGACAGCUGCCUCCUGCGAUAGACCGCUGCAUGCAUGAAGUCAUUCACCAGAAUGCCAUAGAACGACCUCAUGCUCUGGCUCUCGAGUCGUGGGAGGCCGCAUACACAUAUCGGGACCUUGACAGGGCAUCGUCUCGUCUUGCGCGACACCUGAUCAAGCAGGGAAUUUCGCCCGAUGACUGUAUCCCAUUGUGCUUUGAGAAAUCACUCUACACGAUCGUUGCUCUUGUUGCUGUUCUCAAGGCUGGUGGAGGGUUUGUACUUCUAGACCCCAAGCAUCCUGAUGAUCGUCUCAAGGGUCUUCUCGAGGACAGCAAGGCGAGGUUCCUCAUAGUUUCCCCACAGACCCAGGAGCGUUGCAAAGACCUCAUUUCAUCUUUGGUUGUUGUCUCACCCAAGAUACUGGAUGAGCUUCCUCACGCCGAUGAGGACGAUACCCUCCCACCAUCAGCCGUUGCCCCUGAGAACAUCAUGUACGUCCAGUUCACAUCGGGUAGCACGGGAAAGCCCAAGGGAGCGGUUGUGCACCACAGGGCAGCCUGCUCCUCCAUCGAGCACCACGGAAAAGUCAUGAACUACGGACCGGACUCGCGCAUCUUCCAAUUCUCUUCCUAUACCUUUGACGCCAUUAUUCUCGAAGCAUUUACCACAUUGUACCACGGCGGCUGUGUCUGUAUUCCGUCUGAGGAAGACCGAAUGAGCAGCAUGGUGCAAUCGAUGCGCGAGAUGAAGGUUAACAACAUGUUCAUGACGCCCACUCUAGCUCGCCUAUUUGGGCCCGCGGAUGUUCCGUCUCUGACAACCCUGAUGCUUGGUGGUGAACCGAUUCCCCAGGAUAGUAUUAAUACGUGGAAGGAUCACGUCGAUCUGAUUGGAGGGUAUGGGCCAGCUGAAUGCUGCGUAUACUGCUGUUACAAUCCGCUCAGCUCCAGCGGGUUCAAGCCCGAGGUUAUUGGAUACCCGGUUGGAGCAGUUCUGUGGAUUGUGGAGGCCGAUAAUCAUGAUAGACUCGUGCCUGUUGGUGCUAUUGGUGAAAUCGUCGUCCACGGCCACACCGUUGGUCGAGGCUACCUGAACGACCCCGCCAGAACGGCAGCGAGCUACAUCUCAGCACCGAGCUGGAUUGCCGAUUAUGGUUAUGCGGGUGAGCAGACGCUUUAUAAAACAGGCGAUCUGGGACGAUACAACUCCGACGGCACAUUGACGAUUGUCGGCCGCAAGGACACUCAGGUCAAAGUAAACGGACAGCGCAUCGAGCUGGGAGAGGUCGAGCACAGUAUCAAGACCGAGUAUCCUCAAGUCCUGCAGGUGGCUGUUGACGCGCUUAAGCCCGAACAUGCCAAUGGGCGCCAGAUUCUGUCUGCCUUCCUCGAGUUCGAGGCUGAUGAGGGUAGCGAAGAAAUUCAGGACGAGAACAGCUUCCUUCGCCCCAUGAACGACAAGCUUCGAGAAACGAUGUUCGAGAUCGAGGCAUUGCUCGCCCAGCGCCUGCCACCAUAUAUGGUCCCCCAUUUGUGGUUCCCCCUGGUCACCAUGCCGAAAUCCGCAUCUGGCAAGACAGAUCGGAAGGUGCUGAAGCAGCUCUGCAACGGUCUAUCCAAGACGGAGCUUCAGCAAUAUUCCCUUGCAAGCGGCAGCAAAAAGGCUCUCGAGACGCCGAUGGAGAAAAAGAUCGCACAACUCUGGAAGGACAUCUUUGGGGUAUCUAACAUCGGUUCCAAUGACAACUUCUUCCGGAUUGGCGGAGACUCGAUUGAAGCGAUGAAGUUGGCUGCCGCUGCCCGCGCCCAGGGUAUAUCCCUCUCGGUUGCGGAUAUAUUCAAUAACCCCAAACUUAGUGAUAUGGCGAAUAUCGUUGUUGCGGCCGAUGGUGCGCCCGCUGUGACGCACGAAUACGAUGCACCUUUUAGCCUGGUCGGUGGCAAGAAGAAUGCACGCUCCCUGGUCCAGAGGCAUCUUCCGAAUGAGCAGUUUGAUCUCGUGGAGGAUGUUUAUCCCUCCACCUCCCUACAGGAAGGGCUACUUGCAUUGACUAGCAGCCAAGCCAGUGCGUAUGUCCUCCAGGCUCCCUUCCUGUUACCGGCCAAUAUCGACAUGGGCCGUUUCCGAGAUGCCUGGGCCAAAGUUGUCGAGGCAAAUGCCAUUCUCCGUACAGUAAUUGUCUCAACAGAGACCCAGGGUACCUGCCAGGUUGUCUUGAGGCGGUCUAUUGAGUGGUCAGAGGCGCCAACACUGGAAGCAUACCUGGCGCAGGACAGAGAAAAGCCUAUGGGCUACGGAACACCGCUAAGCCGAUAUGGCCUGACAUCAGACGGGUACUUUGUCUGGACUGCCCAUCACUCCAUCUACGAUGGCUGGAGCUUCGCACUGAUGCUAGACGAGCUCGAGAAGAGAUACAAGGAUGAGUCAGCCGCCAUUUCUCGCCCUCUGUUUGCUGAAUACAUUCAAUUCCUGCUGCAGCAGCAGGGCAAGGCCGAUGCAACCGCAUUCUGGAAAUCGCAGCUACAGGAUGCUUCCUCGUCAAGUGCAUUCCCGCGGCUUCCAAGCUCUCUCUAUGAGGUGGACGUAGACCGGACCUUCCAGUACAGCUUCCCCUUCGGCAGCAAGUCCACCGUCACGGCAUCGACCGUCCUCUCGGCGGCUUGGGGACUGACAAUUGGCCGGCUAACCAACUCGUCGGAGGUGAUUUACGGCUCAACUCGCAGCGGUCGAAAUAUUGACCUCGCUCAGGCCACUGAGCUUAUGGGGCCAACUAUCGCCACGGUUCCCAUUCGUAUCAACCUUGACCCAUCGAUGUCGGUAGAGGAUUUCCUCGCCGGAGUCCAGAAUCAAGCGACGGCAGCCAUUCCAUUCGAGCACCUAGGCCUGCAGAAUAUCAGCAAGAUCAGCCCUGCAUGCAAAGCCGCAUGCGAUUUCCAGAACCUGUUCGUCGUUCAGCCAGCGAUGAUCGGCGAUUCCACUGCCAUCGGUAUGAAGCGCGUUGAACUUCCCACCAAGGGACUGCAUACGUACGCUCUGAACGUCGAGUGUAUCCUGACCGAGGAAGGCACCGCAACACUGAACUUUGAGUACGACGGUAAGAUCAUGCAAGAUCAUCAGAUCCAACGGCUUGCUGGCCAGUUCCAUCACAUUGUCCGUCAGUUGUGCGAGAAUGAAGGCAGCGGGCUGAAGGUCGGAGAUGUCGACGCCUUCAGUGUGGACGACGAGAAACAACUUCGCCAGUGGAAUGCGAGACUGAAAUCCUACCCUGAAAUCACCAGGUGCGCGCAUGACCUUGUCUCUGAGCGAGCUCGCCUUCAUCCGGAGUUGUUGGCUGUUACGCAGUCGGAUGGAACUAGCUUGACCUUCGGCGAGCUUGACAGGUUGUCCACGCUGUUUGCUCGCCAUCUGUCCACUUUCGGGAUUGGACCAGGCCAAAUAGUACCCAUGUGUUUGAAGAAGGCUGUCUGGGUCGUAGUAGCCAUGCUUGGAGUACUCAAGACCGGUGCUGCGUUUGUCUGCUUGGAUCCCUCCUCUCCACCAAGCCGCAUGCACGGAAUCAUCGAAGACGUAGAGUCAGAUCUCGUCAUUGUCGAUGCAGAAACAAAAGAUACAUUCAGGAGCAAUCUUCAAACGCUCGAGAUAGGCGUCAACGCCCUUGGAUGGGUUAACAGUGCGAGUGCCAGCGACAUCGUCUUCGAGGUCCACAGAAACCCACACGAUCUCAUGUAUGUGAUCUUCACGUCCGGAAGUACCGGUAAGCCCAAGGGCGUGAUGAUCGAACACACCUCUGCCUGUUCAUCGUUUAUCUACCAGGGCCAGGAGUUCGGCUUCGACCAUGAGUCGCGCGUACUUCAAUUCAGCGCCUUGACCUUUGAUGCCUCGCUCAUGGAAGUCUUCACCACACUUUGCGCUGGCGGUUGUGUGUGUUUCCCUACCGAAGAGGAAAAGCAAGGAGACAUUGCACGCGCAAUCAAUCACUUGCGCGUGAACUCGGUCAUGCUCACACCCACCGUGCUCCGCAUGAUCCAGCCGGAAGAUGUCCCCAUGGUCAAGCAUGUGGUGACGGGAGGCGAAGCCGUGAGUCAUGAUAUCGUGCAAACAUGGAGUAGCAAGGUUACCCUCAAGGGCGUCUACGGGCCUACGGAAACCUCCAUGAUUUGUAUCACGGCGAACCUCGUUCCUGGUAGUUCUCCAGCAAAUAUCGGUGUUCCUCUGGGCUGUCGAAGCUGGAUUACCCUCCCUGACGAUCACAACCAUCUGGCACCUAUUGGGUCGGUUGGUGAACUGCUCAUCCAAGGACCCAUUGUGGGGCGUGGGUAUUACAAGAACCACAAACAGACUGAGGAGGUGUUUAUUGAGAAUCCUCUCUGGUUGCCGAAACGCUUUGGCGAGACUGGCGGCCGCCGCCUCUACAAGACCGGAGACUUGGUCUACUACUCGCAAAACGGCGAUCUCAUGAUCGUGGGCAGAAAAGACUCACAGGUCAAACUCCGCGGGCAACGCAUCGAGCUGGGAGAAAUUGAUCACAAGAUGUGGUUGCAUCCUGCCGUAAGACAGUCUUCUGUCGUGCUGCCCAGUCAGGGCCCCUUGAAGAACCGCCUCGUUGCAGUGCUCACUCUCGAUGGCACUGAACAAAUUACCACACCCGAGGCCCUGUGCCCCUUGUCCGAAGAAUGGAAACAGCACGCCAACUUACAGAUCGCGAGCAUCCGGCAGGCGGUCCGGGAAAGCCUCCCCUCGUACAUGGUGCCCACUGUCUUUGUGGCCGUGGAGAUGAUGCCGAGACAGACUUCCGGCAAGACUGACAUCAAGCUGGUGAAGAAAUGGGUCAAUGAGCUGGAUGAGCAGACUGCCGAGCAGGUUCUCGAUAUUGAGACCACAGCGCCUGGGCUCACUGUUCCUGAAAGUGAGAUGGAGAUGGUGAUCCAGGGAGCCAUUUCUAAAGUCCUGAAUAUUCCUGCCGAGAAGAUUGCGCUGAACCGAUCGUUUAUCAGCCUUGGUGGAGAUUCCAUCACAGCCAUUAAGCUGAUGAAUCAACUCCGAGAUGCAGGGGUGAAGUUUUCGAUCAAAGAACUGUUGCGAGCUGGGUCAAUCAGUGAACUCGCAGGCGUGAUUGCAUCUAGGGGUGAGGACGCGAGAGUGAACACGCCAUCACCCCAUCUCCUUCAGAAAAAAGAGAAGAAAUACCCACUCCUGAGCCUCGACGACACUGAAAUAGAGACCCUCCUUGCACAGCGCCUGGCUACUAUCGGCCUUACCGACCUUACUCAUGUGGAGGACGUCUACCCCUGCUCUUCUCUUCAAGAAGGCCUUCUCCUCGCACAAACCAAGGGCGUAGGAAGCUACAACGUGUUCAACAUCUACGAAGUGACGACCCCAAAACACUCACCAACCCCAGUCAAUCCUCAUCUCCUUGCCAAAACCUGGAAAGAAGUUGUUCGUCGCCAUCAAAUCCUGCGAACAAUCUUUAUCCAGGGGAUUGGAGAAAGCAGUGCAUUCAAUCAGGUCGUUCUGCGCGAGGUGCACAAUACACCCCUCGUCAUCGAGGACGUCAAGAGCAAUGAUGCCAAAAACCUGUUGCAGAACCUCGAUGCUCCAGAAUAUCAGGCCCUGGAACCCUGGCAUAGCGUAACGAUUUGCUCUGAUACUAGUGGCAGAGUUCACUGUGGGGUCCGGAUACACCAUGCCUUAUUUGAUGCGUCUUCCAUGGAUAUCAUCCUGCGUGAGGUCGCUCAGGCUUACAAUCAGACUCUUUCUACCCCAGCGCCGCUGUACAAGGAUUACAUCUCAUACCUACAGGAGCUACAGCAAGGCGGCAAUGAUGCGCUUGCGUACUGGAAGACAUACCUCGAAGGCCUCGAACCAUGCUACUUCCCCAGUAUCAACGAGCAGGCUCUGGGAAUGAGAACACCGCAGACACUUCAAUUUAAAGUCCACGGUCUGCGUCAGAUUCUAUCAUUCUCGGCCAGAAAGAACGUCACUGUCUCCAGCAUUCUCCAGACAGCCUGGGCACUCGUCCUGCGCCACUACACAAGCACUGAAGAGAUCUGCUUUGGAUACCUGUCGCACGGGAGAAAUAUCCCGCUUGUCGGGGUUGAAAGUAUCGUUGGUCCGAUGAUAAAUAUGAUGGUUCUCCGCGUGACUCUAUCGGGAGAUAGGACAUUGACGGACAUACUGGAGAGUACUCGCGACGACGUCCUGAAUAGUUUGCCGUACCAGCAUACCUCGCUGGCUGAGAUUCACCACGCCCUUGAUCUUCAAGGACAAUCAGCAUUCAACACCACUCUCUCUUUCGCAUCUGCCGCUGCAGACGCCGAGGAUGAGGACUUGAUCGCUUUCCAGGACCCCUCUGGCAGUGGUUCGACUGAGUAUGACAUUGCCGUGAAUGCGUCCGUCGUAGGCGAAAAUCUCCAAAUCAAUUUCAGCUACUGGUCUUCAGCUCUUUCACCGCAGCAGGCCACGGCGGUUGCUGAAGCAUUAACGCACUUCAUCGGCAUCCUAACCCGCUCCUCUGACUUACCCCUGCGUGAGAUCGACUUUACCAGCGCAGCAAUGAAAGACCAACUUCUUCACUGGAACGCCACCGCGUACGCCCCCGUUCGCACCACCGUCCACGGACUCUUCCAACGCGCUGCUCUGCGGUACCCUGAGAACCAAGCAAUCUGCUCCACAGACGGUAGCUUCACCUACGGCGAGCUAGACGCUCUUACUACGCGCUUCGCGGCCUUCCUGCGUGAGAAGGGCGUCGGUCCGGAGGUCCUAGUUCCGGUGUGCUUCAACAGGUCCUGCUGGACUAUCGUAUCCAUGUUGAGUGUCCUGAAAGCAGGCGGUGCUUGUGUGCCACUUGAUCCAUCGCACCCACCGGCUCGUAUCCAGGAAGUUGCCUCUCGCUGUGAAGCAAGACUGAUUCUCGCCGCGCCGCACCUUGUCGAGCGACUGCCUGAUUGCAACGCAUCUGUCAUUGCUGUCACCGAUGUACUGAUGCAGAGUCUGCCCGAUCUGCCGCCGAACUUUCAGAUCGACGUCGCAAAGCCUGAGAAUGCAGCAUUUGUGCCGUUCACCUCAGGAAGUACAGGUUUACCAAAAGGUAUUAUCCUGGACCAUACGGGUCUCUGUACGAUGUUCGAAGCAAACGCGUCAGUCGUGGGAAUCAAUCAAAACACCCGCACUUUCCAGUACGCAGCUUAUACCUUCGACGUCAGCAUCGCGGAGACCUAUAUUACAUUAACGCAAGGCGGAUGCGUCUGCGUUCCCACCGACGCUGAGCGAAUGAACGACAUCGCAGGCGCAAUAACUCGUCUGCAGGCAAACUGGACCUUCCUGACCCCCUCCGUUGCUUCACUUCUAAACCCCGUCGACGUUCCGACGCUAGAGACACUCACCCUUGGAGGAGAAGCAAUCUCUCGGGACCUGCAUAGUACCUGGGCUGAUAAAGUCCGAUUGAUCAACAGUUACGGCCCGGCCGAGUGCUCGAUCUGGACGAGCAACCAGCAGCUCUUCCCCGAUAGCUCUUGCGCUGAUAUCGGGGCGGGUAUCACCUGUCACUUGUGGGUUACCGAGCCCGACAAUCAUGAUCGACUUGUUCCCAUCGGGUGUGUCGGAGAGCUUGUUGUGCAGGGUCCGAACCUGGCAAGAGGAUAUCUCAAGGAUGAAAAGAAAACCGCGGCCGCUUACAUUGAUACGCCAGCGUGGCUGCGCAACGAUACCAGAGCCAUUGCUAAGCGUGUUUACAAAACCGGUGAUUUGGUCAGACACUGCUCCGAUGGGCAUCUGGAGUUUCUCGGACGCAAAGAUACGCAGAUCAAGUUCCACGGGCAACGAGUUGAGAUUGGCGAAGUCGAAUAUCAAUUGCGUGCUCGACUGCCCAAGAACUCGCAGGUUGCGGUCGAAAUGAUCAAGCCGCUCAGCCAAGACGGCAGACAGACACUGGCCGGAUUCAUCAUGACCGAGAGGGACGGCCCAUUCCUGAAGGGCUCAUCGGGUGACCCAGCCUCGUUGUUGAGAGACCCAGAUACGACCUUCAAGAGCAUUGUCCGCAAUCUCGAGCGCUCGCUAGUAGAGACCUUGCCUUCGUAUAUGAUUCCAUCAGUCUUCAUCAGCAUGCUCUAUAUCCCCCGAAACACCUCGAUGAAGAUCGACAGAAAGGCCCUUCGCACUCUCGGGGCCAAUCUCUCCCGCGACCAGAUCGCAACCUACUCCUUCGUGCAAGGCGACAAACGGGCUCCUCGGACAGCGAUGGAAAAACGGCUCCAGGAAUGCUGGGCCUCUGUUCUGAAUAUCAGCCCUGAGUCCAUUGGUGCGGAUGACAGCUUUUUCCGGAUCGGUGGUGACUCUAUCGGCGCCAUGCAACUGGUCUCUACAGCGCGCAAGAUUGGUCUCUCAAUCACCGUUGCCGACAUCUUCCAGCACCAGAAACUCAGUCAGAUGGCCAAUGUUGUCGCGAGAAACGCUGCCGCGGCUACUGAGGAGGUCCCCGUCAAGCCAUUCUCGCUGCUGCCACAACAGAGAACAGAUGAGGAUCUUGUUGAGCUCGCGGCGUCUAAGGUCGGAAUAGAUCGCAAUCUCUUGCAAGAUGUCUACCCUUGCACUCCGCUGCAGGAAGGCCUUAUGUCACUGACUGCCCGAGACCACGGACUUUACACCUUGCAGGCUGUAUACAGGCUACCCGAAAUGAUCAAUAUCCAAGAAUUUCAACUCGCUUGGUUAGCCGUUGCAGAGGAAUUGGAUAUUCUGCGUACCAGGCUGGUCGACCUUGGCCAUAUGGGCUCUUAUCAGGUUGUCCUCAGCCCGGUCAUCAGCCAAAUGCGCUGGGGGUAUGGCGACGAUCUGUCUACCUACCUGCGCGAAGAUAAAGAUAUCCCCAUCGGCUACGGAAAACCUCUCGCUAGAUAUGCCAUUAUCCAGGAAGAGGCCGAGGGCGCGCAAAAGAAAUAUUUUGUGUGGACUGCGCACCACUCUAUUUACGACGGGUGGUCUCUCGGUCUGAUGAUGGACCUGGUUGAAAAGAAGUAUCUGAAAACGUCAACCAUCCCUAGCCCCCCUUUCAACAGGUUCAUCAACUGGCUCGCGAAUCUCGACAAGGCUUCCACGCGGCAGUACUGGCAAUCAACGUUUGAGGCUUGUUCCGCGCCUCAGUUCCCAUCUGUUCCCCAGCAUUACCGAACAAAGGCCAAGGCAGCCAUGACACACUCGAUCCGUCUGCCUCAGAUGGUGGAUUCGGAAAUUACCGUGCCGACAAUCUUACGAACGGCAUGGGCGUUGAAUAUCUCCCAAUACACCCGCUCCGACGACGUGGUCUUCGGCAUGACGCAGACAGGCCGCAACGCUCCUAUCCCUGGGGUGACUGAGAUCGUCGCGCCCCUGAUCACCACGGUGCCAGUCCGGGUGGUAAUCGACAGAUCCCAGACAGUCCAGAAUGUUCUUCAGGAAGUCCAGAACCAGAUGGUCGCCAUGAUCCCCCAUGAGCACGUUGGUCUGCAAAAUAUCAGCAAGUUCAGCGCGGAGUGUCAGGCCGCAUGUAAAUUCGAGAACCUCCUCCUCAUCCAGACCCAGCAGGAUCAGAUGGUGUCGCCGAUAGGUCUAGAGCGAAUCCCCGUGACAGAUCUCGACAUUCCGGCCUUUGGCAUCGUGGCUGAAUGUGAAGUUGCCGAUGGGCAGGUUCUGGUCUCAGUUGGCUACGAUAGUAGUGUGGUCCCUGAGAAGCAGAUGGCCAAUAUCCUGCACCAGUUCGACUUCCUCGUCAACCAGAUUGGGCGCGAGAGCGCACGCAACAAUUCUCUCGAGGAGGUGCAGCUGCUGGGUGACAAUGAGAUCAAGAUGCUCGAAGCGUUCAACCAGUCGCCCGAUGACCGCGUCUCCCGGCUGGCCCAUGAACUGAUCCAUGAGCGCGCGCUUCUUCAGCCAGAGGCAAUUGCCAUUGAUUCGGAGGAGGUUCAGCUCAGCUAUGGCGAGCUGGAUGACCUCUCCACUCGUCUGGCUUACUUCUUGGUCGGUCUAGGCACCCGACCUGAUAAAGUCAUUCCACUUUUCUUCCGACGCUCUCCCUGGGCGAUGGUCGCCAUGCUGGGUGUGAUCAAGUCCGGCAGUGCUUUUGUCUUCCUCGACCCCGGACACCCCAUUGAUCGACUCGAGUUUGUUGUGCAGCAGAUCGAUGCCAGGUUGGUUCUCACAUCUCCGGACCUGGAGUCAACCUGGAAAGAGAAGCUCGCAGUCUUCUGCGUCACCCCCUUAGCACUCCAUGCUCUUCCUCCCCUCCAGGAUGGAAAACUUCCGGUGACUGCAGUGACGCCUCAUAAUAUCCUGUACUGCAUCUUCACCUCUGGCAGUACAGGCCGACCCAGGGGAUGCGUGAUCGAACACUCCAACUUCCUCAGCGGCGCCGUCCACCACGCGCGCAGGUCUCGCAUCUCCCAAUCUACACGAAUCAUGCAAAUUGCGCCGUACACCUUCGACGUCAGCAUUUUGGAAAUGCUCACAGGCCUAAUCGGCGGCGGUUGCAUCUGCCUGCCGCGAGACUCACACCAGGGUGCGCGGGUUGCUGACAUUAUCAACGAUCUCAACAUCAACUGGACCUUCCUGACUCCGUCUGUCGCCCGCACGAUCGUCCCCUCGGAAGUGCCAAGCUUACAGACCCUAAUUCUUGGUGGGGAGGCACUCGCCAAAGUUGACAUCCAGACCUGGGCGGGCAAACUGCAGCUGCAUAACGGCUACGGGCCAAGUGAAUGCUCUGUGGCUGUUGCUUCGAACGAAGUUCGCGAUCCAGCCGUUGAACCAGCAAACAUUGGAUCCAAGAUGGGCUGCAAUGUCUGGGUCGUUGACGCGGAAAAUCACGACAUCCUUCUGCCCAUGGGCGCGGUGGGUGAGCUCCUCGUGGAGGGCGCCAUCGUCGGUCGAGGCUAUCUCCAGGAGCCUGAAAAGACUGCUGCUGCGUUCAUCCAGGAUCCAGCUUGGGUGCAUUACUUGCCCAGCACCAAGAAUUCAGAACGCCGCCGGUUCUACAAGACGGGAGAUCUGGUUCGACUCAACGCAGACGGCACGAUCCAUUUCAUCGGCCGCAAGGACACCCAAGUCAAGCUACGUGGUCUGCGCAUCGAAAUGGGAGAGAUCGAGCACCACGCCAGUACAUACCGGGCAAUUAGGCACGCCGUUGUGGCCGUUCCACGCGCCGGGCGCAUGAAGGAGUCUAUUGUCGUUGUAUACACGCUUAACGCUUACGAUGACUCGCACGAGCAACAGUCCGCCCUGCGACCUUUAUCAAACACCGAUCUGGAAACCAGCCAGAUGGCCCCUGCGCAGCUGCGAAUGCACCUCGCUGCCCAUCUUCCCCCAUACAUGGUCCCUCAAACCUACAUCGCCGUCGCGACAUUGCCUCUCCUGGCCUCUGGCAAGAUCGACCGCCCCAAGCUCCAAAGAUGGCUCGAGAACAUGGACGACUCAACCAGUGAACUGGUUGCCGCUCAAGUCGGCAAGUCUGCUACCCACGAAGCAGGCCCCAUCGACCCGGCCGACACGCUCGCGCUCGCCCUGAGCGAGCCCAUUAGCCAACUAUUGGCUGGAGACGACGAAGCCUACCUUGAAACCUUAAAGGGCCGCAACAUCGUCCUCUCCCAAAGCGGACUCAACUCCAUCACCGUGGUCUCGCUGCGGGCGAUGAUCCGCGAGAAGUUCAAUGCAGACGUAUCCAUCGAUCGCCUUAUGGAAAGCACCGUCACGGUCCAAGACGUAGCGCGCAUGAUCAAGCACGGUAGUAACGUCGCCGGUACCGACGAGCAAGGAUCCGCACCACAACUCGAUCUCCUCGCAGAGGCAGAUCGCAUGAUGGACUCUCUCGUCGCCGAGGCGUCCCCCGACGUGCAGACCCUCAACCAGCCAACAAUGCAGGCUGAGCGGAUCCUCCUUACCGGUGCGACUGGGUUCCUCGGCACUGAGAUCCUCCGACAGCUCCUUUCUAACCCGCCGAGCUCUCGCAGCGUGGUCGCUCUCGUCCGCGCACGGGAUAAGGACCAUGCAAUGGAGAGGAUUGUCUCCUCCGCCAGAGCAGCACAGUGGUGGCAGGAGGAGUACCGGUCGCGGGUAACCGCCUGGGUAGGCGAUCUCGCAGCGCCGCGUCUCGGACUCAGCGAGAGCCAGUGGUCCGCAAUCGAGGGCCGUGGCUGUCCUGGAUCUGGGUCUGGGUCUAGCUCUGGCCCUGCAGAGCCACGAAUCGACGCAAUCAUCCACAACGGAGCCCUGGUCCACUGGGGCGCCGACUACCACCGGCUGCGCGACGUCAAUGUCUCCAGCGUCAUCUCGCUGCUCGCGGCACUGACGCGCUCCCAGGCACCUCCGACCUUCACCUUCGUAUCUGGCGGCCACGUACAACUAGACGACGACGAAGCUACCGACGAAGAAAGGGCCGCCGUGAUCGCCCACUCAACGGGCUACGGGCAGUCCAAAUUCGUCGCCGACCUCGUGGUCAAGCGCUUCGCGGCGCGGUACUCGACGUCCGCCGUCUCGGUCGUGAAACCCGGUCUAAUUGUGGGAACCGCGCAGUCCGGGGUAUCCAACACAGACGAUUUCUUCUGGCGCGUUGUAGCGACUGCCGUGGAGAUUGGCGGGUUCAAUGCCGAAGAACCAGAGAAUGUCAUCCUGCUCGCCGGCGCACAGCAGGUCGCUUCCGUGGUGACCGAGAAGCUGCAGUUGAACCCGGACCCGGCCUACAGUGUGUCCGGGAUGUCGUCCGUCGAGACCAAGGUCCGUCUAGCAAUCACAACGCAGGAACUCUGGCGCAUGCUUAGUGAGGAGUUCGGAUACCCGAUGCGCGGUAUGGGUCCGGCAGAGUGGUUGGACACUAUGCGUGAUGCGGUGCAUGCACAGGGCCAGUCGCAUCGUCUCUGGCCUGUGCUGCACUUUUUGGAAGCCGGUGGCGGGUACAUGGGCCUGCCGGUGGGAGGUUGUCAGUUGCAGGGAGCAACGAAGGCGGAGCAAGAGGAGAAAGAGGAGUUGCUGGCGUCGCUGAGGAAGAGUAUUAGCUAUAUGCGCCAGAUCGGAUAUCUUCAGAGUGAUGCGCCAGAGGUUGUGGAGAAGAUAGUGUUUGGACGCAGUAGUGUUUAG